GGGCCCAGCGCAGGCCACGCCCACUCCCGUCUCUGGCCCCGCCCACCCCCGGCUGCGACCCCGCCCCUGGUGUGUCACGUGGGCGGUCACGUGGCGCCCAACAUGGCGGCGCCCAUGGCGGCGGCCGGCGGCGGCUCCGUGACGCGGCUGCUCCGGGGCGUCUCCCGCAGCCUCAGCGGCGCCGGGGCCGCGGCCGAGGAGCCCGAGGCCGCCGUGGUUAACGUCGUGUUCGUGGACCGGGACGGGCGGCAGGUGCCGGUGCGCGGCAGAGUCGGUGACAACGUGCUGCACCUGGCGCAGCGGCACGGGCUGGAGCUGGAGGGCGCCUGCGAGGCCUCCCUGGCCUGCUCCACCUGCCACGUUUACGUCAGCGAGCCGCACCUGGGCCGGCUCCCGGCGCCGGACGAGCGGGAGGAGGACCUGCUGGACCAGGCGCCGCUGCUGCGCGAGAACUCGCGGCUGGGCUGCCAGCUGCGCCUGGGCCCCGCGCUGGAGGGCGCGCGCAUCGCCCUGCCCCGGCAGACCAGGAACUUCUACGUGGACGGGCACGUCCCAAAGCCCCACUGACCCCAAAACCGACUGACCCCAAAGCCAAA